UACAAACACACGCAACACACAUUCCCAUACAAAAAAAAUUGUUUGCAAUUUCUCUCCUUUAAAUUCUAGCAAGGCGAUAAAAGAAUGAAUACAUUCAAGAUAUCCCAUUUCGUUUUGGUGAUCCUAAUGGUUUUAGCCAUUGGUAUAACACUUAGUGAACCGCUAAGGGUUGAGGCGAACCACAGAGACAGAUAUGGUCGGUUGAUAGCCUCUACACGGGGGAGAAAAGGUUGGAGCCGUACAAGUGCAGCAAUGACAUGUGACAAAAGCCCCCGAGUAUGUCGUCUCAAAGGAAGUUCAGGCCGUGCUUGCUGUCGUAAGAGGUGUGUGGACUUGAGGACCAACAAAUUGAACUGUGGAAGGUGUGGGAAAAGCUGUCAAUACUCGGAGAUUUGUUGCAACGGGUAUUGUGUAAACCCAAUGUUUGAUAAGAGACAUUGUGGAGGUUGCUUUAAGAAGUGCAACAAAGGGAGAUCGUGUGCCUAUGGAAUGUGCAGCUAUGCUUAAAGAAACAAUGGGGGUACUAAGGUUAUUGAGAAAAAGUUUAAUUUGUUGGUUUAAAUUGGAUUACAUUCAUAUUACAAUCUGUAAUAAAUAAAUAGAAAACAUUAUAUCUAUAGCUUACACAAGGGUGGUCAAAUUGUUAUUAAAAUUCCGA